AUGUAUGGACCAGACAGACAAGCGUAUGUAAAAACGGAAUUUGGCGAAGUCAUUGAUAAGCCAUUGCACCAUCGCAAAUGUGAGCCACAAAAUGAGGAAUCAAUUUUGGUGCAGAAUCUGGACCGAGAAUGUCGCCGGAGCAUACGAAAAGGUGAAAAAACCCCGCGUGAAGCACACAUGGAGGGAUUAGGUAAAGCAGCUGAAAUUGGAGCUGAAAGUGUGGGCGCCUCGUUGCAAAAGCUCUUCCCACCAUGGGAUCGUGUGAGAAGUUCAUAUCUACGACAGAAAGAUCUGCAGAAGAAAGCAUCUCUGGCUACUGCCAUGAACGAGCAUCAGUUCAGUGGAGAAGAAGACGAAAGCAACAACAUCGCUCAUUACGCAGCAGUUGUUAAUCAGGACAACUGCUGUGAAGAUCAACCUCCUCCUGCUGUAGACCAACCUGCAGUGGAGCUCUCACCAGCGAUGGUUGCCCUGAAGAAUCAAAUAAUGUUCGAAGUGCAGCAAACAAUCCGAAAUGAGGUCACCCGAGCGGUAAGCCGUGCUGCUGUGGCGAUGGAGCAACGAAUCGAGACAAAAAUUAUGCAAAUUUUCGAUGAGAUAUUUCGAAAAGCUGACGAUGAUGUGGAGGUAGCGGAAAUUGACGAAUACGCGAUGCAGCAAUUCCCAUCGACAUCCGAAAAUUCAACCUUCUUAUCACCAAAACGACAACGUUUUGAAAAUACUGAAACGUAUGAAAAACGUACCGACGGACCGUUCUCAAUUCCUGCAUGCUAUUUGUCGCGGAAUCGUGACAAUUCCGGCGAAAUUCGCGAAAAAUAA